GUAUUAUCAGGGUUCAAACUUAUUGACGCUUAUACUUUUGUUAUUUAUGGAGCUAUGUGAGAUUCUUAUCAAUCAUUAACUGUAACACGUAGCUCAUCGAUAUUCGUAAUAGAUUAAAGCCAUUCUUUUUAAGGAAUCUUAGUUUUUUUUUCUUCUUUUUUUUUUUACCAAUAUAUUACUCAUAGUACGAUUUUUAUCUAUAUUUUUAUUACCGAAUGACAAAGACCAAAUAAGAUGUCUGCUCAUAAAAUAACAUCAGAAAUAUUUACUGAAAAUGACAAGAAUUCAGAAGAACUCUCUAACGGUAGUACAGUUACUCAAUUUAUCUUCAAGUGUCCAUCUUACAUGAUGAAACCAAAAUCAAAUAUAAUAGCAAUAAAGUAUGACCAAGAUGAUGAUCUGGAUAUAGAUAGGAAUAUAGAAAAUAUUUUAUAUAUAGAACACAAUGUAUCAACAGAAUUGCAAAUGGUAGGCUUGCAAGUAUGGCGAGGUGCCCUUUUACUAGCCGAUUAUAUUUUAUCCAACCCUGAUUUAUUUAAAGGAAAAAUCAUUAUGGAAUUAGGAUCAGGUGUUGGUUUAACUAGCAUCGUUGCUAGCUUUUUAGCAAAGGAAAUAAUUUGUACAGAUAUUAAUUUAGGUGAAAUAUUAAACUUAAUUAAGCGAAAUUUCAUAAGAAAUAUAUCUUAUGUGAAAUGUAAAUUCCAUAUAGAAGAAUUAAAUUUUUUAAAUUUAAAAUGGUCUCAAAGUUUAGAAGAAAAAAUAAAUGUGACGGAUAUUAUCAUAGCUGCGGAUGUCAUUUAUGAUGACGUUAUAACAGAUGGAUUUGUUACCACAUUAGACAAAAUCUUAAAAAAGAAAGAUUCAAAAAUAGCUUACAUAGCACUGGAAAAAAGGUAUGUUUUCACUGUUGCUAAUAUGGACACUGUUGCUCCAAUGUAUGAAGAAUUUCUACGUUGUAUUAGAAGGCGAAAUCCUAACUGGAACAUAGAAUAUGUGAAAAUAGAUUUUCCACGAUUUUUUAAAUACGACAGAGUUAAACAUAUGAUUCUAAUGAAAAUAGAAAAUAAUGAUAAGUAAAUAUAUAGUA